UGUACUUCCGGUUUGUACGUGAGACGUGAGAGAGGUCAGAGAACAGAGGCUGCGUUCGGUGGUGCUAUUGGGAAAAAACACGAUGAAAAUGGCGUGGCAACCGCAGGAGGAAGGACUAAGACAAAUUUUGACGCUUCUCCAAGAGUCUCAAAGUCCAGAUACUGCGACGCAGCGUGCUGUACAACAAAAAUUGGAAGAACUCAACAAAUUUCCUGACUUCAACAACUACCUUAUCUUUGUACUGACAAAGCUAACAUCUGAAGCGGUACCAACGAGAUCUUUGAGUGGAUUGAUAUUGAAAAACAACGUCAGAGCUCAUUACGACAAAUUUGUACCCGAAGUUUCGAAUUUCAUCAAACAAGAAUGUUUGUCAGCGGUUGGAGACCCUUCGGGGAUGAUACGUGCGACAGUCGGGAUUCUUAUAACGACAAUCGCAUCAAAAGGUGAACUGACAAGAUGGCCAGAAUUAUUGCCGGCGUUGUGUCAAAUGCUGGAUUCCCCGGAUUACAACGUUUGCGAAGGAGCAUUCGGAGCGUUGCAAAAAAUAUGUGAAGAUUCGUCGGAGGUAUUGGACUCGGAUGCUCUGAAUCGACCUCUGAAUGUUCUUAUUCCAAAGUUCCUUCAAUUCUUCAGACAUUCGAGUCCGAGAAUCCGGUCGCACGCGAUCGCGUGCGUCAACCAGUUUAUCGUUAAUCGUACACAAGCGCUUAUGAUACACAUAGACAGUUUUCUUGAAAAUCUGUUUCACCUUGCGAACGACGAAGAUUCAGAAGUGCGUAAAAACGUGUGUCGUGCCUUGGUGAUGUUGCUUGAGGUACGAAUGGACCGUUUGAUUCCUCACAUGCAUAAUAUCAUUGAAUACAUGUUGACGAGGACACAAGAUCCAAAUCCGGACGUUGCACUCGAAGCUUGCGAAUUUUGGUUGUCUCUUGCCGAACAAGAGAUCGUGAUUGAGGCUUUGGGUCAUCAUUUACCGAGAUUAAUACCAAUCCUUGUGAGCGGCAUGAAAUAUUCAGAAAUCGACGUCAUCCUUUUGAAAGGCGAUGUUGAAGAGGACGAAAUGAUACCCGAUAGAGAGGAAGAUAUUAGACCGAGAUUUCACAAAUCAAAAACCCAUCACACUCUUCAUCCAACGAUGAAUAAACACACAGAAGAGAAUGGCGGUUGUGAUGACGACGACGUUGAUAUCGAAGACGGCGCUGACGAUGAAACGUCUCUCAGUGAUUGGAAUCUGAGAAAAUGUUCUGCCGCCGCCCUCGACGUCCUCGCGAGCGUUUUCAGAGAAGAUCUUUUGCCUGUUCUCGUGCCAAUAUUAAAGGAAACUUUGUUUCAUCAAGAAUGGGAAAUUAAAGAAUCUGGAAUUCUUGCUUUGGGAGCUAUCGCCGAAGGUUGCAUGGACGGUAUGAUAACCCAUUUGUCGGAGCUUAUUCCAUAUUUGAUUGGCUGUCUAAGUGACAAAAAAGCAUUAGUCCGUGCAAUAACUUGCUGGACACUUAGUCGCUACUCGCACUGGGUUUGUGCCCAGCCACAUGACACGUAUCUCAAGCCCCUUAUGACCGAAUUGCUGAAGAGGGUCCUCGAUGGCAACAAAAGAGUACAGGAAGCUGCAUGUUCGGCUUUCGCUACAUUGGAAGAAGAGGCUUGCACCGAAUUAGUUCCGUAUCUUGGAUUUAUUUUGGAGACACUCGUUUUUGCUUUCGGAAAGUACCAACAUAAAAAUUUAUUAAUACUGUAUGACGCGAUCGGCACACUCGCCGAAUCUGUGGGCAACCAUUUGAACAAACCGGAACACAUUAAUCUUUUGAUGCCUCCGCUGAUCAACAAGUGGAACGUUUUGAAGGACGAGGACAAAGAUCUCUUCCCGUUGCUCGAAUGCCUCUCUUCCGUUGCCACAGCAUUGAAAUCUGGAUUUUUACCCUAUUGCGAACCUGUUUACAGGCGAUGCGUUUCUCUUAUUGAACAAACUCUUAAUCAACACAUAGCAAACACUCAAAACCCGGAACAGUUUGAAGCUCCUGACAAAGAUUUCAUGAUCGUUGCUCUCGAUCUUUUAAGCGGACUAGCCGAAGGACUCGACGGACACAUGGAACGUUUGGUCAUGAACAGCAACGUUAUGCAACUUUUAUACCAAUGCAUGCAAGAUCCGAUGCCCGAAGUCAGACAAAGCAGUUUUGCGCUGCUCGGCGACUUGACGAAAGCUUGCUUUCAACACGUUUUACCGUGUAUACCUGACUUCAUGCCGAUUUUAGGACAAAAUUUAAAUCCAGCAUUCAUAUCGGUAUGUAACAAUGCGACGUGGGCGAUAGGAGAAAUAUCGAUAAAACUCGGGAUCGAUACGAGUGCGUAUAUUCCAUUGGUACUGAAUCAAUUCAUCGAUAUAAUUAAUUUGUCGAACACACCAAAAACACUUUUAGAAAAUACCGCCAUAACGAUCGGUCGCCUAGGUUUUGUGUGUCCCCACGACGUCGCCCCCAAGUUACAGCAGUUUGUCCGACAGUGGUGUAUAUCACUACGGAAUAUACGCGACAACGAAGAAAAAGAUUCGGCUUUCCGUGGUAUGUGUCAGAUGAUCACCGUCAAUCCAGGCGGUGUCGUACCGGAUUUCGUAUUUUUCUGUGAUGCCGUUGCAUCGUGGGUCACACCACGGGAGGACUUGAAAGACAUGUUUACAAAGAUACUUCACGGUUUCAAGAAUCAAGUAGGCGCGGAAAAUUGGAAACGAUUUUCCGAUCAGUUUCCGCCGCAACUGGGCGAGAGGCUGCACACGAUGUACGGCGUCUGAACAGCCCCGCCUACUUAUCACGGCCGAAUCAGCGGGCAGGCCGAACGGGGAUGGGCGGGGAAAAAUAAUGGGUGGACAGGGUGGGUGGGUGAAACCACGGCCUCUUCUCAUCAAGCAUCGUCGUCGUUGUCUUCGCAUCGCCGUCGUAAUCGUGUCAUGGUCAUCGUCUAUCGAUUGUCGAAUGUCCAGCCCACGGGGAACCAAAGUAAGCGAGUCUCAAGCAAAAGACUUCAAAAGCAGGUCGUGGCUAGAGACGAGGGGGUAAGGGAGGGAG